AUGCCCACGCCCACCCUACGCCCAACCCACGCCCAUCCCCAUGCCCACGCCCACCCUACGCCCAACCCACGCCCAUCCCCAUGCCCACGCCCACCCUACGCCCAACCCACGCCCACCCUACACCCGCCCUACACCCACCCUACGCCCACCCUACACCCGUCCUACGCCCACCCCACGCCCAAACUACAUCCAUCCCAUGACCACUCCCACCCAACACCUACGCCCUUCCCACAUCAAUGUCCACCCCACGCCCACCCCACGUCCACACGACAUGCCCACCCUACACCCACGCCCAUCCCACGCCUACAACCAACCAAGCGUGAGUUAGAAACCGCGUAUCGAGUCCUUUCAUCUUGUUCCUCUUAG